GGCCCGGCUCGGCUACGGGAGGGAGAGCCGGCCCCGGUGGCGGCGGAGGCGGCCAGCGGGGUCAUCAUGUGGCUGGGCCCCGAGGAGGUGUUGCUGGCUAACGCGCUCUGGGUCACCGAGCGAGCCAACCCCUUCUUUCUCCUGCAGCGGCGGCGGGGCCACGGCAAGGGGGGCGGCCUGACUGGACUGCUUGUAGGAACCCUGGAUGUUGUUUUGGACUCCAGUGCUAGAGUUGCACCUUACAGGAUUUUGCACCAGACACAGGAUUCUCAGAUCUAUUGGGCAGUGGCAUGUGGGUCAUCCCGGAAGGAAAUCACAAAACAUUGGGAAUGGCUAGAGAAUAAUUUGCUCCAGACCCUUGCCAUCUUUGACAAUGAAGAAGAUAUCACUACCUUUGUCAAGGGAAAGAUACAUGGCAUUAUUGCGGAAGAGAAUAAGAAUCAGCAGCCUCAAGGGGAGGAAGAUCCUGGCAAAUUUAAAGAAGCAGAACUGAAGAUGCGUAAACAAUUUGGAAUGCCUGAAGUAGAGAAACUAGUCAACUACUACUCCUGCAGCUACUGGAAAGGACGUGUCCCCAGGCAAGGCUGGCUGUAUCUGACUGUUAAUCACCUCUGUUUCUAUUCCUUCCUUUUAGGCAAAGAAGUGACCUUAAUAGUCCAGUGGGUAGAUGUAACACAGCUGGAGAAGAAUGCCACCCUCCUGUUUCCUGAAUGCAUCAAAGUGAGCACCAGGGACAGUGAGCUCUACUUUUCUAUGUUCCUUAACAUCAACGAGACCUUUAAAUUAAUGGAGCAGCUGGCUAACAUUGCCAUGCGGCAGCUAUUUGACAAUAAAGGGUUCACAGAGGAGAUGCUGCUCCCCAAGCCCAGCAAGCCUCACAAGAAUAUCUCAGCUCUCAAAAGGGAUCUUUCCCAGACAGCAUUCAAGUUUCACAAUUUCUGCUUUUGGAGGAAGAAGAAUUGCAGAGAUCUAGAUGCUCGAGCCAAGAAUGAGUGGUACCGUGCCACUUUUCGACUGCCUAAGGAUGAACGUCUUGAUGGGCAUACAGACUGUACUUUAUGGACCCCCUUCAAUAAAAUCCACAUCCUGGGACAGAUGUUUGUUUCCAACAACUAUAUCUGUUUUGCUAGCAAGGCAGAGGAAGCAUGUCAUCUCAUCAUACCACUCAGGGAGGUCACAAUUGUGGAGAAGGCUGACAGUUCCAGUGUCCUGCCAAGCCCACUCUCCAUCAGCACCAAAAGCAAAAUGACCUUCCUUUUUGCCAACCUGAAAGACAGAGAUUUCCUGGUACAGCGGAUUUCUGACUUUCUUCAGAAAACUCCGUCGAAGCAAUCAUGUAGCAAUGGCAGAGAGCGGAAGAAGAGUGUGGAUGACCGUUUACAUGAGGAAAUUCCAGAGCUGUCUCCCAGCAGCCCACCGGCACUCAGUCCUGCCUCUCCUCCCAACAAUCAGAUGACCAGUUUUUGCACAGAUGAGGUACCAACAACAUCCCAAGGAUUACUUAAAUUAUUUGGGCCCAACUCUGAAGAACGCAUUGGACCAAAAGGGGCAAAGGAGACGAUGAAAGAGGAGUCCUGGAAUAUUCAUUUUUUCGAAUAUGGGAGGGGAAUGUGUAUGUACCGCACAGCCAAGACCCGUGAACUGGUGCUAAAAGGGAUCCCAGAAAAUCUUCGUGGGGAGCUGUGGCUCUUAUUUUCAGGAGCCUGGAAUGAGAUGGUCACCCACCCUGGGUACUACGCAGACAUGGUGGAACAGUCCAUGGGAAAGUAUAGCCUUGCCACAGAGGAAAUUGAAAGAGAUCUGCACCGUUCCAUGCCUGAGCACCCAGCCUUUCAGAAUGAGCUGGGGAUCGCUGCACUUCGACGGGUACUCACAGCGUAUGCUUUUCGGAAUCCCACAAUUGGUUACUGCCAGGCCAUGAAUAUUGUGACAUCAGUACUGCUUCUGUAUUGCAAUGAGGAAGAAGCUUUCUGGCUCCUUGUGGCCCUGUGUGAGAGGAUGCUGCCAGAUUACUAUAACACCAGAGUGGUUGGAGCAUUGGUAGACCAAGGUAUCUUCGAGGAGCUAACGCGGGAUUGCCUUCCCCAGCUGUCUGAGAAGAUGCAGGAUCUGGGAGUCAUUUCCAGUAUCUCUCUUUCUUGGUUCCUCACACUGUUCCUCAGUGUGAUGCCUUUUGAAAGUGCUGUGGUGAUUGUUGACUGUUUCUUCUAUGAAGGCAUCAAGGUCAUCUUGCAGGUGUCUCUGGCAAUUCUGGAUGCCAACAUGGAGAAGCUGCUAAACUGCUCCGAUGAAGGCGAGGCAAUGACUGUCUUGGGCAGGUACCUGGACAAUGUAAUUAACCAACAGAGUGUUUUUCCACGUAUUCCGCAUCUUCAUGCCUUGUUGACAAGUGGAGAUGAUCCACCAGUGGAAAUCGAUAUCUUUGACCUUAUAAGAACCGCCUAUGAGAAAUUUGGCCACCUGAAAGCAGAUGACAUUGAGCAGAUGCGAUUCAAGCAGAGACUGAAGGUGAUCCAUUCUUUGGAAGACACCGCUAAGAGAAGUGUGGUCCGAGCUGUCUCUGGUGACAUUGGCUUUUCCAUGCAAGAAUUAGAAGACCUUUAUGUAGUAUUUAAGGCAAAACACCUCAUGAGCUGUUACUGGGGAAAUCGCACUGCAGCAGCCCACCGAGACCAGAGCCUGCCCUACCUAGAACAGUACCGCAUUAACAUAGAGCAGUUCAAAGAAUUAUUUGCUUCUCUCACUCCUUGGUCCUGUGGCCUCCACACAGCAGUGUUAGCAGAAAGAAUGUUCCGACUCCUGGACGAGAACAAAGAUGCCCUUAUUAACUUCAAAGAGUUUGCAACUGGGAUGAGUGGAAUGUAUCAUGGAGAUCUGACUGAGAAACUUAAACUACUGUACAAACUACAUUUACCUCCAGCUCUGAGCCCAGAGGAAGCAGAGUCUGCUCUGGAGGCCGCAAAUUACUUCACAGAGGAUAGUGUUACAGAAGUAUCUCCUUUUGUCUCAGAACUGGAUCUCUUCCUCCAUUGCGGUUCUCAAGAAGCUGUUAUGCAAGAAGACAAAGCAGCAAGAGAUGGGAGCUCCAAAGACCAAGAGGAGAAGGGCACCAGUCCCCAAGAUUACAGAUAUCACCUGCGAAUGUGGGCCAAGGAAAAGGAUGCAAAAAAAGAAACUAUUAAGGAUCUUCCUAAAAUGAGUCAGGAGCAGUUUAUAGAGCUGUGCAAGACCCUUUACAACAUGUUCAGCGAAGACCCGGUGGAGCAGGAGCUGUACCAUGCCAUUGCUACCGUUGCUAGCCUCCUCCUGCGCAUUGGCGAGGUGGGCAAAAAGUUCUCCCACCAGCCUGCCAAAAAGACAGAUAACUCCAAACCAAACAGCACUCAGGACCCAGUGAGCGAAGAAGAGUCGCCAGCCUCUGAUCAGAGCCAGAACUCUACUGUAGAGCGGUAUGCCCAAGGGGCCACAGAGGACAAAGCUUCUGGGGAUAUUCAAGUGGAAAAACACCAGCAGGAAAGCCAGAUGCUUGUAAAUGGUGGUGGUGAAGGUCCAGGCUCUCCCAUACAGCUGUUUUCAGAUGAUGAAACGAAAGAUGAUAUGUCCAUGUCUUCAUACUCAAUGGUCAGCACUGGUUCCCUGCAGUGCGAAGAUAUUGCAGAUGAUACAGUGCUGGUUGGUUGUGAGGCUGGCAGUUCAGCCGCACGAUAUGGCAGCACCAUUGACACGGACUGGUCCAUCUCGUUUGAACAGAUUUUAGCCUCCAUGCUUACAGAGACAGCCUUAGUAAACUACUUCGAGAAGAAAGUUGACAUUACACAGAAGAUCAAGGAACAAAAGAAAGUGGAAAGGCAGUUCAGUUCAUCCAGUGAUUAUGAGCUUUCUUCAGUGUCAGGCUGAACUCAAGGGGAUAAAACAGGGUUUGGCUAAUAAGCAGUGGAAGAUCUAGAAACCUGGUGAACACGUUUUGGUCCAUUUUCUUUUCUUUUUUACCGACACCUAUAACUACCAUCAAUUAAAGUUCGCUUCAGCUGAGAAAGGGGCUUUUCACAGUGACUCUUUGAUAUAGAUACCUUUCAGGAGGACACCUUGCUCACUGGGUUUACGUUACAUUCUCAGAAGCAUGAAAGCCUAGCACCUAAUAGCCUCUGUGGCCUAGAAUUACUACAGUAAAUUAUGCAUGUGUGCCUCUGCCUAUCUUUCUUUAAUGAAGUUUGAUUUCAGUUACACUGUGCUGUACCUUCAUUUGCAUUAGGUUCCUUGGUAACUGUUCACCAGAAAAGCAGCCCAGCUUGAAUACCUUCCUUUGUAUGUUUGGCUGUCGCAUUUUGACCUAAUGCAAUGUAGCGAGGUGCUAUAGAGAUCCCCAGCCUGCCUGAAAGACCUUUGUAAAGAACCUAGAUGCUAUGCAGCAACUUGUCCAAUGUAAAGUUGUUUUACUCUUGGCAUCCUGCAGCUAGAAUUCAUCAUGCCUUGAGACAGCUGGCUUCUAUCUCGAGUGAGGAGUGAUCACAGUAGCAUGUGGUUUUCAAAAGUUCCAAAGAGAAAUGCAUACUAAAAUAUGUUAGCCUAGUUUUAACUCUUCAGUGCCAUGUUUGUUUUUAAUUUCCCUGAAAGAAAGCAGCAGUGAGAAUUGCGACAGCCACAGAGACUGGGGUAGAGUAGAGCAGAGUCCUCAGACUUGUACUGAUAAGAGUACAAGUUUUGCUGCUUAAGCUUUAGAUUGCUUCUUUCAUAAUUUUACGUAGGCUCUAAUUUUAUAGUGUACAAGAUUCAUAAUUUUCCAUGGUACAAUAAAUUUGGAACUUGAACUUAAUAUUAAUGGACAAGUCUUGUGCCCAUAUCCUUGCAAGCCAGUUACCAUAGAAGUGUUGCAUCACUGGAUGGUUUCUUGCUAUGUUUAGAUCUUUAGUUUUAUUUUGUUUUUUAAUAUACUAGACCUAGCCAGACCUCUAUAGGUAAAGGAGCCAUGGAAAUGGCUUAUGUUUGUCUUCGGCUUAGACCUUAGUCCAGUUUGCCUGAACUAUCCUACUGGCUUCAUGGUGGUCCAGAUAUUGUACCCUGUAGAAAUCUCACCAUUAUACAUACUACAGUUCAAACGAUUUCUGCAGCCUGCAUGGUAUGAUGUUUCAAUCAGCUUGUGCUCUUGUGGAAUAGUGUGUACAGCUAGGGAACCUGCCUUCUGUGAAUCACUUGUGGACCAGAGGAAAACUGGAGCUCCAUUUUGGGACUGGAAGUUUCCCUAUGGGAAUGCUUUCACUCUCAAGAAACACUGCUAUAUUUGUUUAUAUUUGUAUACCUACUCAUUACAUAAGUACAUUAUUCAGUCGCAUGAGCUUCAUGGAAAUUGUGUGAAUGAUUGGGUGUGGCUGCCGUUGGACCAGUGGUGAAUGUGGGUCACACUGGCAGGUCAGAAAGUGAAAAGCCUGCAGACCUAGGGUAGAUGCGUACAAGGAAUCUCCCCGUUGGUGGAAAACCCAGUCUUACUCCAGUGUUGUGGCUUACUCUGUAUGUUUAAGUCUCUGCCACUCUAGUCCCGCACCUGGAAAACAGAUAAUUAGCUUUUACUAAUUCUUCAGUAAUUUAUUGUAAUUUUUUUAAAAAAAAACAAAUACAUGUGAUUUUCACUGUUCUGGUCUGAUCAAUCAUGUAUGUCUUCAAUAAAUGAACAGAAUCAUA